AUGUCUGUCAUCCAUCCCCAGCUACAUAGCACGUUCGAUAGCCUAAAGUUCCAACUCAAGGACGCGUUCUGGGCACUCUCGUCGUGUAUAUGCCAGCAGUCCGCCAAAGUCAAGAUCAAUGGUCGCACAUUCAAAAUUGUUAGAGUACUAGGCGAAGGAGGCUUCUCGUUUGUCUACUUGGCCGAGGACGAGCACAGCGGGAGACAAUUCGCCCUGAAGAAAAUUCGUUGUCCAAGUGGCCAUGAAGACGUGAGGCAGGCUAUGCGUGAGGUGGAGGCAUACAGGCGGUUUAAACAUCCAAAUAUCAUUCGAAUCCUGGAUUCCGCAGUUGUGCAAGACCCCAAUGGGGACGGCCAAGUCGUCUACCUCUUCUUGCCUCUGUACAAGCGUGGAAAUCUCCAAGACGCGAUAAACGCGAAUUCGAUCAAUAACAACCACUUUUCAGAGCAAGAGAUGCUUCGUCUUUUCAAGGGAACAUGUGAGGCCGUGCGCGCAAUGCACGACUAUCAUACGCCUCUUGCGUCCUCGUCCGACCCUUUUCCAUCGCGCGAAAAUCAGUCAUCAGCCGCGCAUGACGACAUUUCUCGCCGGCCAUCACUCGAUGAGGAAGGCGGAUACCAUGAUAAUGCGAGUACAAAUGGGUCGUCGGUACCGCUGAUGUCUGCUCAUAGACCUGUGGACGAGCGCGAGCCUAUUUUUGGCGGGGAUGAGGACCUUGCGCGCAUUCAGCAAAAUGGUGCGAGUGAGAAUGCGCAAGGCGGGCAAGCGGAGUUAGUGCCGUAUGCGCAUCGGGAUCUGAAGCCCGGAAAUGUCAUGAUCGCAGAUGACGGCUCUCCAAUCCUGAUGGACUUCGGCAGCACGAUGAAGGCGAGGAUCAAGAUCGAGAACCGUUCUCAGGCGUUACUGCAGCAGGAUAUUGCAGCAGAGCAAUCGACAAUGGCCUACCGCGCGCCCGAGCUCUUCGAUGUGAAAACCGGAGUCACACUUGACGAGAAAGUCGACAUCUGGUCUCUCGGCUGCACGCUCUUCGCUCUCGCCUAUUCUCAUUCGCCGUUCGAGAACAUGCAGACGACCGAGCAGGGCGGAUCAAUAGCAAUGGCCGUCAUGAACGCGCAAUACAAACAUCCUAGUUCGGCUUACUCGCAGGGCCUGAAAAACCUUAUCGAUAGCAUGCUGAAGAGUAAUCCUCAGGAUAGACCUGACAUUCAUCAGGUCAUAGAGAUGACAGACCGUGCGUUGCAAAGUCUGCGAUAA